GAGUUUUGCAGUUGAGCUGCCAGCAACCGUUUCCCCCACUCCGUCAAGUCCAGCGAGGAACUGAAUUCAGCCGGGAAGGUCAGCUGAAGGUCCUUUGCCCUGCUUUUCCUCCCACCUGACAGGCAGAUACACCAUUUCCUGUCAGAAUCCUGGCUCUUCCUUCAUUGCUGUCAGGAACAAAUUCCUUAGUGAUCUGAUCAGAGGUUUUAGAAGUUUGAAACUUCGAAGAUUCAGCAAUGGCGUGUGAAGGUGACUUCUUGAUCGUGGAUUCGCUGGCUUCUGCUGAGCCGUGCUCAGCGGAGCAGAUUCAGUCUGGCGAAGGAAAUCUCGCAACGGAUGUUCAGCACUGCCAUAGCUCUCUGAAUGGCUUUGAGAAUCCGGCGGACGGUGAUUUCCUAGACAUUCUGUGUUUGGACGAAAGCAUGUUGCAGCUCGAAGAUGACAUCCUGGCUAUCGCCGAUGAUGACAUCGCCGGUCCGAUCAAUCAGCUGAACCUCCAGGCUCCCGCUACUGAGGAUCUCCGGCCACUGAACGAAGUUCCAACCCCGCUACUUACUUGGGAUUCCGAGGAAUCUUCAUUGUCUGAGGCCGCAACUCCUCCAGUCGUCACGGAAAGGAUCCAAGAGCCCAACACAUCCUCACCGGAGACUCCCUGCGUCAAACCUUCGUGGCCGUUCCAGUCCCCGCCUCCCCACAAGCGGUUUCACUCGUCCAUCGGAUCGCACCGGGAAGGCAGCCCCGUUUCCGUUCUCACUGUGCGGAUGUCCCCUGGACGGCCUUUCGAAGGCCUUGGCGAACCAGCUCUGGUCGAGUACGCAACGCCGAAUCUCUCUCUCCGGAGUGCUGAUCUCUGUCCAACGGAUUCUUGCGCUCUCUCCUCCAAAUCCCGCAGCAAGCGCAUGCGCAUCAUGAAGCGGGUCUGGUCGACGGAUGUCAUCUCUCAUGUGGUUCCCGAAGAGGCCGGGAUGGGGAGCAGCGACGAGUUCGAAGAUGGUUACGACGGGCCAAUGGGAGAGAUCGACGACGGAAGAAUCGGUGGACCUUCCGAGGAGAGGAAUUUAUGUACAAUUCCGCCGGUUGGUCCGGUCAAGUCUAAUCCUCCUGCCCUUGAACCUCUGUCCAGGGGUUUUAUCGGCGGCCCUGGCCCUGCGAGCUCCGAUAUUAGCUCGCUCACGCUCAGCGGAGCGGAAUUGUCUCGAUCAGGUUCAACAAACCAGAUAGACUCCUUAGUGAAGCAGCCAUCCAAGAAGCGCAAGCCUCAAGGGAGUCCCGACGGGAAGGACAAGGAUGGCAUUAUUCGCCGAUGCACCCAUUGCUCGUCGACAACAACCCCGCAGUGGCGAGCGGGUCCUCUGGGCCCUAAAACUCUCUGUAACGCCUGUGGCGUGAGGUUUAAGUCCGGACGGUUGUGUCCGGAAUACAGGCCGGCUAACAGCCCGGAAUUUCAGCCGGAGAAGCAUUCCAAUUCGCACCGGAAGAUUGUUGAGAUGCGGAAGCAGCAGGAGGUGGUCGAGGGUGAGGGAGUUUCUGCAUCAUUUGGUAACCAGCAAAUCCUGGUCGCACCAUUGACUCCGUCCCAAACUACGAAAAAGCCGAUCAAAGACGCGAAGGCGGAUACUACAAACGUAAAGCCUAAGAGGGAGAAGACCGAGGAGGAAAAGGAGAGAGCGCGCAUCCGACGGCGGCUACGGAAGCAGCAGCAGAAGCUUGCUCUUCAGCAGCAGCAGCAGCAGCAGCAGGGGCUUCAGCAGGAAAUCGCUCAGGGCGCACCCUUUUUCGCAGGGAUUCCGAUGCAGAUGGGUAUGGGCUCCACCCUUGUCGGUGCUCCCGGUAUCGGGUGCGUAGACACUGGGUCACUCAUUGUGGAUCCUCUGGUAGUAGCCAGCAACUUGCCAUCCGCUCCGUACGCUGUGCCUCCACCUAUGCUUCAGAACACUGCAUCUGCGCCUCAGGCGACUGCACCUGUGCCCUACGAAGCUCUCAGCUACUGCCAGCCCUCCAUCAUCCCCUCGCCUGUAUCCCAUGUCACUGAAUCUGGACCAGAGCAUUGUUGGAACUCCAGUCAGUCGCAAGAGUCGGCUGGGGUUCUGUGUGAGGAUGAGGUGGUGGACUGGCAGGGGAUGGAGCAGGGGGAGGACGAGGACGCCGAAGGAUACACCUCGUUCCUGGCUCUGGACUGCCAGCCCCUGGCAACUCCCGUCCUCCCGAUGCUCGACUCUGCAGUACCUCCUUCCUUCGCUGUGGCACCUUCUUUUGCCAUGUGCAAUGUCAAGCCCAUUGGGGAAGGGUCUUGGGGCAGCGCUCCUGAAGGCCUUCAGGGUUAUUGAGGGACUGAGGAGGCCAGGCUUGCCGUUUCUCAGUGUGAUUUUGCUUUGGUGCGGGGUUUAGGGGGGUUGUUCUACAAUGCAAGUGGAGGGGUUUAGAGUGUGUGCUCCUCCGCAAGCUGCCUAUGUUUUAACGAGGGAUGGACAUAGCUGCAGGAGACCACACAAAAGUGUGUGGCCUCUGCUCUGCUGCAUCUGCCUUUACCCUCCUACACUGCAGCAUACUAGUGCUGCCAUCUGCUAACCCUCCUGGCUUUGGGGUGAAUACAAGUUUGUCCCUCUGCAACCUCCUGAUUGUAGGUUACUUAGCUGCUUGCUUUGCACGAUUUUGCUUGCCUCUUUUGUGUGGCUUGCCUAACAGUAGUAUGGUUUUUUACAGGCUUUUAACA